AUGAUGUGUACAACUUUCCUUCUAGUCACGUUGGUCAAGAAGCACGACGGGAAACAGCUGGCCGUCGUCGACGGUUACACUUUCUACCCGAGCAGGAGGACGAAGUGCAACGUGACGUGGAGGUUGCAAUGGGUGACAAAGAAGUGCGGCAAACAGCUGGCGAUCCUCGACGGGUUCACGUACUACUUGGCGAGGCAGUCCAACUUGACCAUGACCUGGAGGUGCACGUCGGCAGGCCAGUGCCGCGCCCGCUUCACCGUCUCCCGCCAAAACCGCGAGAUUGUCCGUUGCAACCUCGACCACGUGCACAAAAGGCCCGCUUUCGUCAUACACAACGGCGUUUACUUGCAAUUCGUGCAGAACGGGAGGGGCAAUCUCCUGGCGCUGAUCGCCGGGUACACCUACUACCGCGACAAGCAGUACGCCAAGACGCAGGUGUGGCGGUGCACCAAAGGCAGCGUGUGCAAAGGCCGCUUCACGAUUACAAACGACAUGCAUCUUUUGCGGGCCGUGUUCGACCACUCCCAUCGGCCAGCAAACUACGUAGUCAGGGACGGGAACCGGUUGGGCAAGCUGCUGGCGCUGAUCUCCGGUUACACCUACUACCGCGACAAGCAGUGCGCCAACACGCACGUGUGGCGGUGCACCAAAAGCCGCGUAUGCAAAGCCCGCUUCACGCUCACAAACGACAUGCAUCUUGUGCGUGCCGUGUUCGACCACUCCCAUCAGCCAGUAAACUACGUAAUCAGGGACGGGGUGUACAUUAAAAUA